AAAUAAAAAUGCUGCAACAAGUCAAAUAUAAAGAGUCGAUAUUCCGUGUAUUUAUGUAUGGCGACUACGAAUUUCUGUGUGCAAUGUAUGGUAUAACUGGUGCAAAUGGGCGUCACAGCUGUUUGUUUUGCAACAUUACCUCAAAACUAAUGAACAUCCCAGUGUUUACUCGCAAGAAAUUUAAGAAAAGGUCACUGGCGACACUUGAAGAAAAUUUAGCAGAUUUCCGUGAAAGUGGUGGGAGCCCUAAAAAUGCGAAAGAAUUUUAUAAUGUCAUUGACAACAUAUUUUUUGACAUACCUAUUGAUCAAGUCUGUAUUCCUGGUCUUCAUAUUUCCUUGGGUGUAUAUCAAAAGAUGUUUAAAAUGUUUGAGUCUUCUUGCCAAGACUAUGAUGUAAAAAUAGCUCUGCUGUUGGCAACAGAAGACAAUGAACUGGAUUCAGAUUAUGGUGACUACAUCGAAGUCCUUAAAGAAACAAAUGACUUGCAGCAAAAGCUGGAAGAUGAAAAAGCCAAAUUAGCAAACCAGCAAGAUCAGUUAAACUGGCUUGUAAUAUCUGGUGGCUUACAACGAAAUAUACUGACGUACGAGAAAAGUAUAAUAAAAACUGAGAAGAAAAUCACAGAAUUAGAAUUAGAAAUCUCAACCUUGGGAAACAACAAAAGAAUUUUAGUGGGUGUUGGUCCUUGUGCUUCUUCAAUAGAUAAAACGCUGCAAAAAAUGGGUGUUGAACGUCAGGCCUACCAUGGCCAAAGUUUUAUCGGCAACCAUGUACAUAAAUUGCUAAAGAAAGAAAACAUCCAAAAUUUAACAUCCAGCAUUAAAGAGAUUGUUGCAGCACAAAAGCAUGAUGACCAGCUUAUUCACAGUGUGAAUUUAGAAAUGGAUAAGUACGACAUGUUAUUUACUUACUUUGCAGAAGUUCAUAACAUUUACAAUUCGGCAAAAUAUCUGUCAUGUGAGGAAAUACUGGCUUUAGAAAUUUCAAUUAAUAAAUUCAUGAUGCAUCUGCGAACUAACUGGCCAAAAGUUAAUAUUUCACCAAAACUGCAUAUGCUUGAAGAUCAUGUCACUGAGUUCAUAGCAAAAUGGAAUGUUGGAUUUGGGUUUUAUGGCGAACAAGGUGGAGAAAGCUUGCAUCAUGAAAUCAACAGGAUGUCGAGCAGGUACAGCUGCAUCAAAAACCCAGUCGAGCGGUUACGAAAUACAUUAAAGCAACAUUUUGUUAAUGUAAAUCCUGAAUCGAGCCAAUUAAAACCAAAAAUUAAAAAAAGAAAAAUUGCACGUGAAGAAUAACUUUUAGACUUACAGCUUAGAUAGCUAGUUAUAUCUUUAACUGCAUAUUAGCAUUACUUUGCAAGCUCCUUUAGUCUUUGCAUUAUUUCAAAGGUGGAUCAGCUGGUCUAGAAAGAAAAAGAAUUGAACAGUUAAUUAGCUUACUACAUGCAUAGUUCAUUUUUAUUUGACUUUUUGUCGAGCUUACGUUAGUAGUGUAUGAGACGCAGAAACCUUAUUUAGAGUUACAGAAUUGUUUAUAUAGAAUGUUGUUUAGUGUUGUUAUUCUGUGAAAUAUUAGCUUAGUAAACUACAACAGUUUUAAUGCCUACAAUAAAUCAUACAGUAGAUUAUGUCAAAGAGGGAGUUAAAAUUUUCAGGUUUUACACUAACUUUUAUUGCCAGAAUUCAGCGCUCUAGCAUUCUUUCAGAAGUACUGAUACAGUUUUUUCGUUUUUCUUACCUUGUAGAUGAGCCUUUCAGCUUUCCAAAAAUAUAUAAUACACCAGCCACAUAACUUCGCAACGUCCACAAAACCAAAAAUUAGUUGGAACAAGUUGCCAUGUUAAUUUUAACAAAAAAAAGUAUGCCUUCAAAACUGCCACAGUAUUACUCCAACAGCAUGCUUGUCGCAAAGGUAAAAGAAAGAUUUAGCUUCCAGCGUGUUGAAAUGCUUUAAAAAACUAAAUUAAAUCCACUGAAAUAGAUUCUAUCAUGCAAAAGCGAUUUCAAAAAGUUAGUUACUUAUUUAUCAUGAUUGUUUUUAUUUGCGCCCGCCAUCUUGCGCCUCAACGUGGCCGUAAUUAUUGACGCAUGCGCAGUCUUAGUUUCCGCUCUGAAACAGCCGUGUUUAAUGAAGGGCCCGUCUAAAAAUUGUCAAAAAAAGAUGUGGGGGUGAGAAUUAUGCACUUUUUUGUCUUUUGUCGCAAUCGUCUUUUAAAAAUUUAAACAACGGUAACGAAUUAAAAAGCCCCUGAAGUUUAAAAUAAUCCAGAUAUCGUAAUUGACCAGAUAAACACUGGUCAUGCCAACCUCGUCUCCAGGACUAUUUUUGUUUAACAGGUAGGGUUCCACUUUAUAGUUAAAGGUGCUGGGGUAGAGCCUUGGUUAAUCUCUGAGGAAUGUCGCUUUAUUUUUACAAUCACUAUGGGAUACAGCUAAAGUUGACUAAAAAAUCAGAUGUGUUUUGUAAAAACACAAUGUUAUUAACGGUACAAAACUGAUCCUUUCGUCUCUCUCCAGGGUUUGUUGCCUAUGUCAAGCCGCUAGCGCUGUCAAAAAAGCAAAAGGCCCUUGUGACGAGGUUGUUGCUAAACCUACUUUUUAAGUUUAGUAUAAACGUAGGCAUUUAGGAGAUUGUGUAACCCAAGUGUGACUAGCUCCAUCCCAUAUCAGAAAAGAUACAAAACACCCUUGGAGCGAGGUUGAACUUUUAGCGUAAUCCAAGAAAUUAAACCUUUAAUAAAAAGGCAUUUAUAAAAAAAAAAAACAGAAUCAGGAGUUCUCAGAAACUGCACACACUUGAGAAGAAUUUAUACAGGUGUGGUAACAAGUAUAAGAAUAAGAAGAGGUGACACAUUUUACCAGUUCUUAAAUAAUCGCGUUAUUCUAUUUCCCUGGCCAGACAAAAAGCGCAGUGCCGUUGAGAAGCAAAUAGUCCUGGGGACAAGUUACGGGCGAAUUAAUCCGUAAAGCAAACGUGUUGAAAGGUCUAAAUAGCGAAUUUGAACGCUGUUAGCCUCCUAACCUACGCAACUGCAAUGGCUGCGCCGGAUUUCGUAAGUUUAUACUUUUUACGAAGUUCGUGAAAAAGUGAACAAGGGUUGUUGUCUAGAGUUGCUGCAGAACCGGUAGUCUCUUUACACAAUAGUUUAUAUUGAACAGUUUAGUUCUAGUUUUUGCCUUUGUUGUAAUAUUAUUUUUUUAAUUUAAUCUGAUAAAUUUUUGUCCGUGUGCCUUUUGAGAAGCCUGUUAAAUUGUUUUAUUUCUUGGUAUGGUCUUAAUCCUCUCUGGACGUCAAAGCUUGCUGAAUCUGACUAUAAUAUUAAAAUAAGUUAAACAUGAUCUCUACAAGGAAAGUGAAAGUAUGCGUCUGAUUUAUGUCUUAAUUUUUACCGACGAAUUGAUUUAAUUUAUAGUAUUUUGUAAAAAGGUUAAGGUUAUCUAUUUAACCAUAUAUUUGAUUGAAACAUUGUUUCAUUUCUGAGGGAAAGGGUUUUCAAUUCUUGCAAAUACUUUGUUUACUGACUUGAAGAAGAGUAAAAAAAUCAGUUUAAAAGUCGAUCGAGCGAAUAUAAAUUUUUAAAUGCUGAUAACUUUUUUUAUUGUAAAAAGAAACAUGCAGCUGCGGCUCCUUCGAAGGGAAAGGUUAGGUUGCAACAAGCGAGCACAAACAAGAAUCAUGAUGAUGGAAAUUUUAUUACCAUAAUACAUGUUUGACAAUACAUACCUUGGUAGUGCCUAAAUUUAAAAACUAAACUAAAAUAAUACAUCGAAACCGGGGUUAAAAAUAAAUAAUUGUAAUUAUAAUAACUAUAAUAAUAAUAAUAAAAACAACAACAAA